UAGUAUCUCACCCCUUAUAGCACUCGCGCGGUGUCGUGUCCUCUAAAACCACAACACUGUAAAUUUCGUUCGCCAGUUCACUCAGCGGGUUCGUCGCGUUUAGUUUGGUUUGCGUUCCGGUGCGCGAUCGCGUGUGUGUAUAUGCCAACAGCUUCCUAACUCCCCACCAGCGGCACAAGCUCAGUUUGACGUGUGAGUCACACGACCAAAACAAAACAAACGCUGUUAUGCGUCCGUCUAUAGGCAAUUUCGUGAAUUUGUGAUUUUGGAGUGAAAAUAAAGUAUGGUUGCAACGAUUGCUUUGAUGUGAACAUUCUUCCGCGUAUGCGUUUAUCGAUCUGUCUGGCGUGUUCGCCAUCAAAUUAAAGCGAUUAGCGUAAAAAUAACUCCGUGCCAAAGGUUUAUGCGACGUAGUGCCAACAUCUGCUUACCAAAGUACACAGCAAUAGUUAGCGAUAUUGAAACAUUUGCAAGUGUUUGUUCGUGAAAGAGUGUGCGAGUGUUUGUGCGUAUUGUUUUUUUUUCUUCUAAUUUUCAUUUUUGCACGCCGUUCCCGUGCGUUGUUGUUUCGGUUUCGCGUAUUCGGUCGCGUAUCACGUGUGUUUGUUCCGCUGUUUUGUGAAUGCGUGUCGAAGGUUACCGGACCGGUCUCGUCUCAACAUAACUUUCUUACCCUAAAAGGCAACUUGCCCUUUACAUACCGUCCUUGUGCUUACUAUUGCCACGAUGGCAUAUUACAAUCAGAAUUACCACUACCCAAAGAACUGGAAUGCCAACGGACUCGGAUGGAUCAAUCCGGCAGCGUUUGCACAAUCGCCACCCGCCUCCCAAUGGCCAACCGUGCCGACACCGUCCUCUUCGGGUUACUCCAGCCUCAAUCCAUCCAUUUCCGGGCAGUCGCUGUCGUACGGAUUCAAUCCGAAUGUAAUGCCGGCCCUUCCGGAUAGUGGUGCCGGAUAUCCACCGUCGAACUCAUAUCUGCCCUAUCCGACAAUGGGUUUUGCGGCGUUCGGUUCACCGAUGGAUUAUGGUAUGCCCGAUUUGCCGCCCACGGUGCCGGACGCACUGUUGCGGGGCAGUGAACCUGUUGCGUCGUGCGAAGAAAUUCCGUUCCAAGCCAUCAGCAUACCGAUCGCAGAAGGAAUGUUCUCACCGCUUGGAGAGCGCAGCAGAGGACAACGCCCAAGUGCUGAUGUGCAAGAUUUCUACCAAAUUCGCCAACAGUGCCUCGAGAAUGGUACGCUGUUCGAGGAUCCCGAGUUCCCGGCGACGGCGUCCUCACUAAUGUACUCCCAGCGUCCAGACCGACACUACGAAUGGCUUCGUCCGCAUGAAAUUUGCGAUGGGCCGGAAUUUUUCGUGGAAGGAUUCUCUCGGUUUGAUGUGCAGCAGGGCGAGCUUGGCGAUUGCUGGCUGCUGGCCGCCUGUGCCAACCUUACGCAGGACCACAACAUGUUUCUGCGCGUCGUACCAGAAGAUAACAGCUUCGAGGAUGAGUAUGCGGGCGUAUUUCACUUCCGCUUCUGGCAGUACGGCAAGUGGGUCGAUGUAGUGAUCGACGAUCGACUGCCAACGUACCGUGGACAGUUGAUCUACAUGCGAUCGUCCGAACAAAACGAGUUCUGGAGCGCACUGCUCGAGAAGGCGUACGCGAAACUGCACGGUUCGUACGAAUCACUGCGCGGUGGUACCACCUGUGAGGCGAUGGAGGACUUUACCGGUGGUGUCGCGGAAAUGUACGAUCUGAAGGAUCAAACGCCACCGAAUCUGUACGAGAUCAUUGAGAAGGGCUUUAAGCGUAACUCGAUGUUUGGAUGUAGCAUUGAGGCGGAUCCGCAUGUGCUUGAAGCGGAAACAUCGGAAGGUUUGAUUCGUGGCCACGCGUAUUCGAUCACGAAGAUUCAGCUGGUGGAUAUUGAAACACCGGGACGGUCGGGUAAGAUACCACUGAUCCGGCUCCGCAAUCCUUGGGGCAAUGAGGCCGAAUGGAACGGACCGUGGAGCGAUAAGUCGCCCGAGUGGCGCUACAUCCCGGACGAACAGAAGCAAGAGCUCGGGCUGAACUUCGAUCACGACGGAGAGUUUUGGAUGUCUUAUCGCGAUUUUACGCGCUAUUUCGAUCGGAUGGAAAUUUGUAACUUGAGCCCGGACUCGUUGUGUGACGAUGAGUUCACGCGGGGCAAGAUCCGCUGGGAGAUGUCCAUGUUCGAGGGCGAAUGGGCCAUCGGCAGUACGGCGGGCGGUUGUCGCAACUAUCUCGACACAUUCUGGCACAAUCCGCAGUACAUCAUCCGGCUGGAAGAUCCGGAUGAGGAUGAUGCGGAAGGCAACUGUACGGUGAUUAUAGCGCUGUUACAAAAGAACCGUCGUUCCCGGCGCAACAUGGGUGUGGAAUGUUUAACCAUCGGGUUCGCCGUGUACCGUGUGACCGAGCGCGAUCUAGCGCAGAAGCCGCUAAAGUUGAACUUCUUCAAGUACAAUGCUUCGGCGGCACGUUCGCCCGCAUUUAUCAAUCUGCGUGAGGUGAGCUGCCGGUUUAAGCUGCCGCCCGGUACGUACGUGAUCGUACCGUCCACGUUCGAGCCGAACGAGGAAGGCGAAUUCAUUAUCCGUGUGUUCUCCGAAACUGCCAACGGUAUGGUGGAAAACGAUGAAAACGUCGGCGUCGGUGACAUCGAUGAUCGGAUUGCGCCCGAUGUACCCGGCUACGUUCAACCGUCUCCGCAACGGCAAGCCAUGGAACGUCUGUUUCUGGAUGUUGCCGGUGCGGACGGUGAGGUUGACUGGGUUGAGCUAAAGCGCAUCCUCGAUCAUUCCUUCCGUGAUGAUCUGCCGAAAACGUCCUCGCUGAACGGGAUAAACCAUCAGGCGUACGCAUCGCAACAGAACGCCGAGGUCGGUAAUGGGGCUGGUCCUGGUGGUAUCGAGGAUCUGCUGAGCAUGCUGCUAAACAUGUGCUGCAAGGGCAUCCAGGGAUCGGGCGAUGGCGGUGGCAGCACACAUCCUUCCGGACCGGCCAAUCUGGAAAGUCAAAUCGUACCGAACCAGCCGCUGCAUGACAACAUCUCCUCGGAGGGUUUCUCGAAGGACGUCUGCCGUGCGAUGGUAGCGAUGUUGGAUGUGGAUCAUACCGGCAAACUUGGCUUCGACGAGUUCCAGCAGCUGCUGACCGACAUCGCUAAAUGGAAGGCCGUAUUUAAGCUGUACGAUACGGAGGGUUCCGGUCGGCUGAGUGCGUUCCAGCUACGCGAAGCCCUCAAUUCUGCCGGUUACCAUCUGAACAACCGUAUCCUGAACGCGCUGGUACAUCGGUACGGUUCGCGCAGCGGUUCGAUACCGUUCGAUGAUUUUAUCAUGUGUGCCGUCAAGAUUAAAACAAUGAUCGAAAUCUUCCGCGAGCGCGACACUGACGGUUCGAAUCAGGCCACGUUCAGCAUGGACGAAUGGGUUGAAAAGACGCUUUACUCUUAAAGCUGAUCGCCUGAUAUAUGGUCACCCAUUCAUACACCAUUCAUCACUCCUGUGUUGCAUUUUUCUGUACACUCUCGAAAGCGCUUUCCACCGUUUGCUGGAAAACCGUUUACAACUUUACAACACAAACGACAUUGUUUGAUUCAGGGCAGCUAUCUACUGCAAACGUUGUGCAUAAGUUAAUAUUUUAUUUUACAUUCAAUUUCGGCAAUAUUGGCACAAAAUGUUACAAAUUCAAAAAAAGGUUAGUUUAAAACUAACGUGUACGAAACUUACUUAUUCUAAACGUUUCCUUCCCACACGCGUAAAAGGUCCACGAAAAUUCCUCUUUAAAACAUAGGACCUUUUACAAGAGAAACAAAAUCACGUGUCUAACACAAUCCCAAUUCGGUACCGCGGACGCACACGUUUACGCUUGUACACUUCUACUCCGUGUCGUCGUUGUAUUGUUGGUUAGCAUCAACGCGCCAUCAUCGUUCUAUACUAAGUACGCUAAGUAUAAUGAGGGCGGGGGCGAAAAUGGAACAAAUUUUAAAUCUUAAAUCCGCCCUAGGCGCUUUUGGUAUUCAUGUUAUGCGCCGUUAAAUUGUUUGUUUUAUCUUUUUCUUUUCAAAUUUUGUUAAAAUAAAGUAUUUAUGAAUUACUUUAAAUGUGAUAA